AUGGGCAAAAAGGAGGAUGAGCUGUUGACAGCCUCCGACGCGGACUUGGACGCUCAGUUGUCCCUAUUCAACUCGAUCAAAACGACAAGCGAUUUGCUGCUAGAAGCGGCUCACUACUAUCACGGGUUUCUUUUGGACGCGGCACACGCCGAGAAUGGGGUCGGCAAAUUUUUGAAAGAUCGAGGAAAGUUGCAGAGAAGAGAAGAGACGAAAAAGGUAAUGAUCGCCGUGGGCAGAGCUUUCCUCUUCGCUUCACACCAAAGAGCCGCCAUUUGCAAUCCGUUGUUGAGAUUUUACGAGGAAUUGUGUGUUUUCAAUGAGAGAGCCAUCUUCGAUUGUGGGCAAACAGCUGAAGCAGCCGAGCGUUGUCAACAUUACAGGGGCAGUUUGUUGUGGAUGAAACAGGAAAGUGAUGAGCUCGAGCCGACGAAUCGCCGACAAAUGGAGCGUUUCCGAGAAGUGCAAACGACGGUUCGAUUGAAUAAGGAAAGGCUGGAUCGACUCAAGGAGGACACAUUGCAGAAGGUCGAAUUGCUCUCAGCGAGUCGCUCUCAUCUUUUGUCGCAUUUACUGGGAAGAUACCUUGAACUUCUAACAACUUACUAUCAAAAAACGUCAACGAUCUAUGCGACGUUGGCGAAAAAUCUCUCCGUCUACGAUCACUACGAUUUCGAGAUUUUGACGGAACUCAUCGAACCGGAGAAAGCUGAGGAACAACAACAACAACCGGACCUGCUACGCUUUGAUGAACACGACGAGACGAGCUUACGGUAUUUGUUUGGCCGAGAUUCGCCCAGUGAAGAGAGAUUGAUUCCACAAAAUGGGAUUCGGUUUGGUGAUGGCGAGGAUCGAGCCGAGAGUCCACUGAUCGGUGAUCAAGAUGAAGUGGGCGAAGAGGCGUUUGAAAGAUUGACAAUUGAUCGGGAAAACACCGCUCCCUCGCUGGCUUCUUUACCUACUUUAUUCGGUGACUCGUGCGUUCCAAAAUUGACUCCGCCACCAGUGUUGGAUCGUGGGAAAAGCGAUGAUAAAUCAAAAGGAUUCUCGAAGAAUACAUUGGAUCUUCUGUCGUUAAACGAUGAUCUAUUCAAUGAGUUAUCGGGCACAACAAGUUCAAACUAUGGCCUCCUGGGAGUUCAGGGCGCUUUCCCGAAUCCUUUCCAAGGAAAUGUCGAACACAGCAAUGAAUGGGAAUCGCUUCUCUCACAAUGCGACUCGCAAAAUGUCAAUGAUCUGAUC